AUGAAUUUUACUAACAAAGUAAUUUUUAUAACUGGUGCUGGAUCAGGAAUUGGGAAAGCAAUCGCCCUUAAUUUUGCAAAAUUAUCUGCGAGGCUGUCACUAAUAGAUAUAAAUUUGGAAAACCUUAAUAAAAUUGCGGAAGAAUGUGAAAUGUUAAAUGAAAAUAAAGUUUUUAAAGUGGCCACAGAUGUGAGUGAUACCAAUAACGUUAAAGAUGCAAUUAUAGCUACAGUAAAAGAGUUCGAUAGAUUAGACGUGAUGAUGAAUUGCGCUGGAAUAAGUGAUAUGAACGGAAUUACAAGUGAACAUUUGAUAGAAAAUCUUAGUAAAGUGCUGAAUAUAAAUCUUAUAUCACACAUUGCUGCCACACAUUACGCUGCAGAUGCGUUAAUCAAAAGCAGAGGGUGUGUUGUUAAUAUUUCAAGUAUAUUUGGUACCACUGCUAUAAAAAAUGGAUUGCCAUACGCUGUGUCAAAAGCCGGAAUGGUGCAUUUUACUAAAUGCGCAGCUUUGGAGCUAGCUGAGAAAGGAGUGAGGGUAAAUUCUAUAUCACCUGGACCAAUUCGAACAAAUUUAUUGUACAAAGAUCUUAAAAACCAGGAGCAAAUUAAUACAGUCUUUCAGAAUUUUGAAGAGAAUUCUCCUCUGAAGCAUUUGGCAGAGGCACAAGAUAUUGCCGAUAUGGCUGUAUUUUUGGCAAGUGACAAAGCAAAGCAUAUUACAGGAAUUGACGUUAUUAUAGAUUCAGGGAUUUCAAUCCCUACGAUCUCUAAGUCCCUACCUCCCUGCGACAAAUGA